GGUAAAGAUAAAUUAGUAUCUAGUAGUGAUGAAGUUUUUAAUGAUUUUGUAGUCUACAAAGAACCUAAAGCUGAUCUUGUAUUAGAAAUGCAAUGGCUGUGGUUGCAUAAAACAAAAAUCGAUCCUUAUAAUGAAAAAAUUUCAAUUUAUGGUAAAGUGGUACCAUUCUACAAAAAUCUAUCUGAUGAUUUAGAGAGCAAUAUAUCUAAUAAUACUACAUAUGAGUCCUUAUCUUUAUCUUCAUCUGGGUCUGACUCUGAUUCGUCUAGCUACAAAGUGAUUGUGAUGAAAGCAAAAAA